CCAAUAGAAAACUAUUUUAAUGUUUACGUCCGGGUUGUGCUUAUAUCUACUCUAUUAAGUUCUUAACGCCGACUGUACAUGUAGUACAUGUAUAACGUAUACUUUUCGUAUGAAUUUCUAUAUCUGCUAUUCGACUCAAGGAAGAGUUUAAAUGCACGUGGAGAGUAUUUUACCGACUUUAACCAUUGAUAUUUACGAGUUACGAUAGUUAUCAAUGACUAAACAAUCAAUCACUACGUUUUAAAUUUCAUAAGGACGGAACAUUUAUACAUGACAUAAGUGUAUAGAGCUUUAAAUACUGUUUUCCGAAGUGAAAGUGCAUCUGAACAGCGUUAACAUGUUUCAUACAAGAACAUCGAUUUGGCCGUGGACUUUCAUAAUAUUGCUGAUAGUUUCGGGAUCUUUUGCUCAAGAGACGGGUAGAAGUUCCGGAAGCAGUAUGCCGGAGCUGAGCCCAGACGAAAAGUACCAAGACAUAUUUCCUCUAACGAAAGAAAACUUCACUGAAAGUGUUCUGGGUUCAAAAGAUGCGUGGAUAGUGCUUUUCCACGAGGGCUCGGUGAAUAUCACGUGGAAAGCCAUGGCUGCAAAGUCGCGGGGACUGUUCUGGAUUGGAGCCGUGGACCGCAAAACGGAACACAAACUUGUAGAUAGUCUGGGCUACGAUCCUGAGCAAGGAGUCGCCCGGUUGUAUCCAUACGGGGGUAAGAGCACCAAAACCAAGCAUUGGAAGAGCUUCGAAAACGAGACCAACGCAAGAGACGCGGCGAUCACGUCACUUCCGGACACUGUUAUGACUUUUCAGACCGAGAACCUGAACGAUAUUCUCCUCGAGUGUUUCAUGGCGAGGCCGUCGAAGUUUCCCGUCUUCAUAUUGCAAGAUGCCACGAAUAUCUAUCCAUACAUCAGGGCGUUGGCGAUCCGUUUUGAGAAAUAUUUUACCUUUGUUAAGGUCGUUAAACCCACAGCAGACGACUUAAAAGCUAUCGGAUUACCAGAAGCCCCGAGAUCUUUACCCGAGUUAUUUAUUAUUACAACAAAAGAAAAGAUGAUUAAUGCAUUUAAUGCUGUACGUUUUGACACAGACAAAUUUGGUGUUUCGAGCUACACGAAUAUCAUGGAAUUCCUGUUUGCUAUUAAUAACCAAUAUAGGCACGAGUUACCCGGGGAUAACCGCGGCAGCAGCCAACAGGAAGCGGAAAUGGCCGAUGUUGUUGCGAUAGAGACAAAGCGAUUCGAUAUUAUUUUUCCGACCAUGAGCACUAGUGGAAGAUCAAAAAGCAGUUCCUCAGAACCAAAAGAUGAACUUUAGCUUUCUAAGCGAGGAUUUUUCGUAGACGUGUUAUCGUUAUUUUAUGUUCAACCCGAAAACAUUAGGCAAUGCAUAUAUAUCUUGUCGACAUUGCCGAUGUAACAAUAAUUGAAAACAAGGUGUCGGCAUUUACAUUUAUCAAAUGAACUCUGACAUUAAGCCAAACUGUAUUUCUGUCUUUAAUUAUAUUCUUCAUAUAUUUGUUAUUUACUGCUAUGAAUGUUUAUAAAUGCUGUAAUGCAAACAGUU